GGUUUUCCAGACUGCUGUGGAGCGCCUACAGAAAUCUUCAUGAAAGUCCUCUUGACUUUUAAACAGCUAACCAAAACAAUUAGCGACCGACAGCGUUAUUGAAGUUUUCAAGUGCCACUUAAAACAGAUUUACCAGCGACGUAGUUCCUUUAAGGGGCCUAUUUCACCAUGGAAAGUUUUAAAAACUUUUUUUGCUCUUGCCGCCUGUUUUUGUCCGUUUUCGUGGCAUAGUUAGCUGCAAAGCUAACGCUCUUCAGGGAUCGGAUAGCUUAGCAUUGGAGCCCCAAACAAAAAGGCCAGCCUUCCCUGAGCCUUGUUGGACGGCGCAAGUGUGAAACUUUACUCCCUGGUGUUUUGGACAGCAGAUUUCUCAAAAUGUCCAUUCUUGGAUUAAAGAAGAAGCAGCCGAAUACGUUCAAAGUCAAAGUUAUCACCAUGGAUGCCGAAAUGGAGUUCAGCUGUGAGGUGAAGUGGAAAGGCAAAGACUUAUUUGAUCUGGUGUGUCGCACUAUUGGCUUGAGGGAAACCUGGUUCUUUGGGCUCAGGUACACAGUCAAAGACACAUACGCCUGGCUGAAACAAGAGAAACAGGUCUUGGACCAGGAUGUCCCCAAAGACUCUCCCAUAACAUUUCAUUUCUUGGCCAAAUUCUUCCCAGAAAAAGUAGAAGAGGAACUGGUCCAAGAAAUUACUCAACACCUCUUCUUCUUACAGGUGAAAAAACAGAUAUUAGAUGAAGAGAUAUUCUGUUCCCCUGAAGCCUCUGUUCUUCUGGCAUCAUAUGCUGUUCAAGCCAAGUAUGGGGACUACGACCCUAACUUUCAUAAGCCCGGCUUCUUGGCGCAAGAUGAGCUUUUACCAAAAAGAGUUGUGAUGCAGUACCAAAUGACAGCUGACAUGUGGGAGGAAAAGAUCAGUGCUUGGUACGCGGAACACAGAGGCAUCGCCAGGGAUGAGGCGGAAAUGGAGUACCUAAAAAUUGCUCAGGACCUUGAGAUGUACGGAGUCAGCUACUUUGCCAUCACUCAAAAUAAGAGGGACACAGAACUGUUACUUGGAGUGGAUGCUCAGGGUCUUCACAUUUACAGCCCCAACAGCAAACUCAAUCCUAAUAAGUCCUUUCCUUGGAGUGGCAUCCGUAACAUCUCCUACAGUGAAAAGGAGGUAAAUACAAGCAGUUUUACAAUAAAACCUCUGGACAAGAAGAAAGAUGUUUUCAAGUUCUACUCAUCACAACUGCGUGUCAACAAGCUGAUCCUGCAACUGUGCAUCGGUAACCAUGAUCUGUUCAUGAGGAGAAGGAAGGUUGACUCCAUUGAAGUCCAGCAGAUGAAGGCUCAAGCUAAAGAGGAGAAAGCUCGCAAGAAGAUGGAGCGUCAGAUAUUGGCUCGGGAAAAACAAAUGAGGGAGGAAGCAGAACGAGCGAAGGAAGAGAUGGAACGAAGACUUUUUCAAAUUCAAGAUGAGGCGCGACUGGCCAACGAGGCACUGCUGCGAUCUGAGGAGACCGCGGAUCUGCUGGCAGAGAAAGCCCAGAUUGCUGAAGAAGAGGCCAAGCUGUUGGCCCACAAGGCCGCAGAGGCUGAGCAGGAGAGGCAGAGACUGGAGGUCACCGCCAUGAAGACGAAGGAGGAGAAAAGGCUCAUGGAGCAGAAGAUGAGAGAGGCAGAGCAGCUGGCGGUGAAACUGGUGGAGCAGUCUGAGAGGAGGUUGAAGGAGGCAGAUCACCUAAAGCAGGACCUCACUGAGGCCAAAGAUGCUGAGCGCAGGGCCAAACAGAAGCUGCUGGAAAUCACAAAGACAACAUACCCUCUCAUAGCAGCUUACUCUACCCCACCUGCUCCUCCUGAAGCAUCUGACUUUCCCUAUGAGUCAGCAUCUAUGCGCCUCGACUUCAAGGACUCAGACAUGAAGCGGCUGUCCAUGGAGAUAGAGAGGGAAAGGCUUGAGUACAUGGAGAAGAGCAAACACCUGCAGGAUCAGCUGAAGGAGCUGAAGUCAGAAAUCGAGUCUCUAAAGUUGGAGGAGCAGCAGCAGCAGCAGCUACAACAGCAGCAGCAGCUACAGCAGCUACAACAACAGCAGCAGCUACAACAACAGCAGCAGCUACAACAGCAGCAGCAGCUACAACAGCAGCAGCAUCAUCAACAGGCCGGCUUCUACGGCCUCCACAGCGAGGCCAGGGGUUACAUCCAGGAACCUGUCUACGUACCUCACAGCAAUCGAAACUCUGCGUACAUGUCUCAGAUGGCGUUCUUUGAAGAAGUAUGAUCCUGGUCCUGCAAGACAAAUAUGAGAGCACCAGCCACUGUGCCUCCGUGCUUGUCCAUGUUUGGUCAAUUUAUCAUCUGUCUGACUGUAACGGACAAGACACACACAUCCUCAUCAUUAAGCGGCAACUAGUCUGGCUUCACAUUUCAUUUAUGUAUAAUAAUGCAUGCAAUAAAUCUAAAUGAUUGAUUCAGCAUAUGGAGCCGGUGAUGGAAGUAUGACUGCCUUUAUUUGUCUGCCACCUUCUAAGGGAAGCUGUAACAUAGUUGGAUAUUCAAUAAUAAUUUAUGCAUCAGUGCCUUAGCAAGCUACUGGGACACAGGUAAAGUCCAAAACAGUGACAAUUUACAAAGUUUGUGCAGUUUUCCAGAUACGCGUUGACUAGAUGCACUGAUGACUGCCCUCUUGUGACCCUAAAAGAGAAUAAGCAGUUAAAAUGAUUGACAUGUCUAAAUUCUGAUCUUACCUCACAUAGUAACUCACCAAACCCCAGAUUUGACAAGCAGGUACGUAGAGGCACAUGUCUACGUGUGACACACGUGUUUUGUUUUCUAAAUUGUCUUGCUGCUUUGUUACCUGUUCCUGUUUUUGCUGACACAAUUGCCUCUGUUGUUUAGGUGCCUCAUCAUGGUACAGUACUUAGAAAUGUACUAGUCCAACCUGUUACAAGCUUGAGCUCUGCCAUUUCAAGUUUUUACAUUUUGUACUGAUUUGUGUUAAACUAUAUUUUUUACCAUUUUCUUUCUUGUUUCUUAAGGUUGUGUUAUUUGUUUGUUUGUGCUCAUGUGUUGUAGCCUUCACAAUUCACAGUUUGUCUAUUUCUCAGGAUUCUUGUUGGAGACAAUCACUUUAGAUAAACUUUCAGUAUUGCUCUUCCAGUAACUUUAUUUCAACAGGUUUGAAUAAGUUUGAACUGAGUUAAUUUUUAACAUAAAUGUUUUGCUAGCAGUGGUUGCAUAUGUACUAUCAGUGAGGUAGACUAACCUUGAUUUCUUUUCUGAUUUUCUGUUUUCUUACAUGCUUUGCUUUGCAUUUUCACACAUUUUAUUUAUUUUUCUGUCAAGUGCUAAAAUAAUAUUGGUAAACUCA